AUGCUUCGCUUCCACGGCGUAUGUGAAGUCGUAAGAACCGUCACCUCAGCCGCGCUGCCUCGUGUGACACACCCGAGCAGCACCUCUUCGCUGCCGUGCGUCUGUGCGGCGAUGAAGGCAGAGGCAGCUUUCCUGCACGCGGCACCACCGAUGGGGUUGGUAGCGACACUGAUCUCUCAGCGCCAGUUCCGCUUUCCAUCAGUGAACCUUCGUACGAGUCCUGUUAGCUGCAGCGAGACGCCGGCCCCGACCUUCCUGCGGAGGGCACGGCUCGCCACACCGUUCUUGCCGUCUCAGCACCCCAUGCAGCACCGCUGGAUACGCGUGAAGGGCCAGGAAAAGGGUCAGCAGCAACGGCAAGAGGGGGAAGACCGAAGUGCCGAGGAAGCCUGUAAGAAGGGCGAAGAACCGAAUUCCAAGACAAACGGCGGCGGCGAAGGGAGCGAUGGACAGAGCGACUCGUCCUCGAGGGGGAGCAAGAACAAGAAGGGUGGCAAGGGCCAAGCCAAGAAGAAGAGCUUCAUGGACCACGUCCACGGCCUGCGUGACGACUACGCCAACUUUCCACACAUCUACAACAGCGUCAACGCCAUCAACUUCGUUGUCUUCACCGUCUUUUGCCUCUGCAGCACCGGUAGCAACACGGAGGAGCGCUGGUGGCUGGAGACGUUGGGGGUCGACAACACCGUUCGCCCGUGGACGUGGCUGCUGCACUCCUUCCUGACGAAUAACUUCCUUGCCAUGACAUACGCAAUGAUGCUGCUGCACACCAUGUGCCACCAAGUCCUGCCGACCCUGGGCUCCCGCGGACUGAUGAUGUACUGCGGCGGCGUCGCCACCCUCUCGGGUAUGAUAAUGUGGCUGGGCAACUAUCUCUACUAUGGCGGCACGGCCGCCCCGGAGAAGCAGUUCGGCCCGUGGGACGUGAUAGCGGCACUGUUUGUAAUGGAAUACGCUUACCACGGCGUGACACCGAUGGCCAUCUUGAAUAGCUUCAGCGGCUGGAUCAAGUAUGCGUGCUGGGUAGGCGAGAUCUGCAUAUUGUACUUCGACUGGCAGCCAACGCUGAUCGGCACACUGGUUGGGCUGGCGCUGUGCAAGGGUGUACCUCGCUUUAAGGCGGUGAAACCGACGACUAAGGCGACCUAA